UUCAGCUCCGCUCGUGUUCGUAUUGUUAGCAUGGAGUGACGGAGUCGCGGGCCUGCACGUGGCUGCGUCUUCGGUUAAGACACGGAUUAGGCGCGGGCUACUUCUCAUUAUACAGAUAACAAGCUAAAUCCAGUUAGCUAGCUCGCUAAUAAUAACCAGCUGAUACUGGUUGGCUACACACGGGUUUGUUAGCGGACUAGCUGUUGCGUUAGGCAGCGAGCAGAGGAAAGGCGUGGAGCUCGAAAACCAGCUCUUGACUUUAGUGGUUAAAAAAAAAGAAGUGACCAAAGUAAACUUUUUAGUCUAUCCCGAUAUUACUAGUAUCACUGAAGCUAAUUGGCUGAGCCGUGUGCUUCCCAAACUGAUGUUCUGGCUAAGCGUGCUAGCUGAGGGCUAAUACGCUACACGGGUGGCUCUGUGCUGAAUGAGGUGCGCGUGCACUCGUGGUUUAAUGUCGCGCAGGGAAUUAAGCCGAGACUCAUUCAGGUUUAAGCGCUAGUUACACUCAGCGGCUCAACUUUCGUCUUUAUAAGUCGCAUUGUAUCCGCUAAGCACGAUCACGUGGAAGGAUUAAGGUGAGUGAAGUCGUAAAGAGGAUCCAGCUGGCUACAGGUUGGAGAGGCUCGAAUGAACAAACUAUGGAUGGGAAGUAGCUUUACCAGCAACAAAAACUGCAGCAAAUUACUCCAGGUUUCACGGCUGGUGUGCUCUCUUGCUAUUCUCCUCUUCUGUCUUCCUGUCGUUACUGUGGUCACUAACAGUCAUUUACUGAAGAUUUCAUGCUGCUUUUACUUUAUCAAGCACAAAGUAAGAUAUUGGUUGGGAGACACAUUAAAUAUAGACAUGAUGAUGAGGGGGUGGUUCGUUGUAUCUAUAAUAAGCACAUGUAUAAUUAUAGUGUAUAGUGGUUAGCAUCAUGGCUUUAUACCUCCAGGGUUGAGGGUUCGAGUCCCACUUUGAGUCUGUGUGUGUGGAGUUUGCAUGUUCUUCGUGUGCUUUGUGGGGUUCCUCCCACAGUCCAAACACAUGCAGAUUAGGCUUGCCUGUAGUGUGUAUGUGUGUGUGAGAGAGAUGGAUUGGCACCUUGUCCAUUUUGUGCCUAAAGUCUCCUGGGACAGGCUCCAGGCCUCCUGUGACCCCUGUACAUGAUAAGCGGUGUAGAAGAUGAAUGAGUGAAUGAAUGGAAAUGAUCAUGCAUUUCCAUGAAAAAUGAUUACAUUACACAUUUGCAUGACUUUGUAAUAGAUUUAUGCAAUUUCCCUUUUUUGUCCAGAUCCGGCUAUGUCCCUGAGCAAUGCAACCAUAAAUAUCCAGAGCAGAGCUAAUAUGAGGUCUUUCAUAUUAAGGCAGUGCUGGGUAUGUUUUUGUACAGGCCUGCUUUUAGGUGUUGGGUAAAGUCAUAUGCUGUAUGUGUGUAGGUUUAUCUGUCUUGUGGGACCUUUGCUGUGUCUUGCUUAUGCUUGGUUGAUUCAUUUUCUUCUGAGGUGGAGACAAAGAUGUCAAAGCCUUUGUGACUAAUGUGCUUCAAACAUCACUUGUUGGUGGAGUAACAGGCUACUGUCUUACACAGAGGUAGCAAUUUAUUAGGAAGACAAAUAGUAACUGUGCUUUUGAGGAGUUUUAUCAAGUACAUGCGCAACACAUUUGAUACAUUCUACUGACAAAACAACACAAGACUUCAUAAAAAGCGUUGGGUUUUUCAAGCACUAGACUGUUACAAGCUAGAUGCUGUAGCACUUGUGAAAAGUCUUCUCAGCUAGGGUUGUAAACCUCAGGCUUCCUAGUGAUAAAAUACCAAUUCAGUGAUUGAUGCCACUGUAUCUGAUAUGAUGUAAUGUGAAUCAAAUUAAAAAAAAGAUUGUGAACCAUGAUUAUGUACUGUCGGACCAAUUUUAAUAAUCAGUUUUAUGGAAAAAUGUUAUCGCAAGACUAUUUAAUUAUAUGUGCAUAUAUACACACCAGUGGUUUGAACUUUGUCAGUAAUAAUAGAUUCAUAACCAGGUAGUUUAAUAUAUAUAAUAACUUAUUUAUGAUUGUUUAUUCAUUUAUAUUCAGUUCAUCCCAUUUGUUACACAUCAGUAUAAAUUGCUGUAUUGUUGCAUCCUUAUUCUUAGCGCAGUAUUGUUGUCACUUUAUGGUAGUGUGUGUAGCUGUGGGUUGGGUGUGUUGGACAACAUCAGGGUUCGGGUGAGAAAUCGUCUGCCAACCAAAUCUGUCCAGCCACCGGCAGUCCUGUGGUCAGAAAGCGACACUGAUAAAAGGACAGUGAACAUUGUUCUAACACUGAACCAACAGCGUAGUGGGGCCAAGCAGACAGUAAGAUUACAGUGUUUAACUUUUUAAAAAAAAGGAGAGACCCUAAGCUACACACGCGGAUUAAAGAAAAUAUAUGUUUUUGUGAAACAAGGUGCUGAUGCUUCUUGUUUUUAAUCAAUAAGCCUAUAAAUAGAGGGCCUUGUGUUUUACUUUGGAGUUAAUUUCACAGAUGAGCUAUUUACUGUACGUGUCCAAAAAGCACAGUGUAUACUUGUGCUGUAAAAUAAGCUUGGGUCCAAGUGAUGUACUCUAGCAGGUAUAGAAUACCCAUUAUUCAUGUUUAAUAUUCAUAGAGAAAACGAGAUAGGACGUCAUUUAUUUUGUUCCACUAACGCACCACUUUUAAUCAACUUGCACAAUGAAUCAGGUUUGUUUGAGCAGGGAUGUCUGUAAAUAAUGCUGGACUCUGGCCCUUAGGACCACAGCUACUUUUAAACAAAGUGCAUUGAAAUAAGCCUGAAAUAGAGGGAAUUCACAGGACGUUUUUAGGGGUUUAUUCCUUUUAACACGCACACUAAUACUAACUAAAUGUAUUGUUUUAAAAUCUGUGAGCAGGCAAAGAUUGGCUCAGAUCCUUUACUUAUUUGAAUAGGGUGAGGCCUUGAUUUGUUUGCUGAAAUGACUGUUUGCACUGUUGUCAAUAGUAAAGAGUUAGCAUUAGAUAUAUAUGAGCUUAGAGGAUUAGAAAUCCUUGGUUUUGCUAUAAAAAUGCUGUCUUUUACAAAAUCGAGAUGUGCAGCUAAUAUCAUUAAUUUUUGUUCCUAAGCCGUUUGUGACGUAAAGUUUGCUCCAGUCAUCUAGUACUUGAUCGGGAAAUUUAAUUUUAUUAUUAUUUUUUUUAAGUACCAGAGUAUCGUUGUUGCACAUCACUCAGUCCUAAGUUCAUAUAUUUAAAAUAAAGGUUUUGGUGUCCAGUGGACUAACGUAGAGUAGAAUUCAUACUGAUAAAGAUAUUUAUUCAUUCAAGGCCAAUUUAGUUUAGUCAGUCCUACAGCAGGAGUGUAUGUAUUAUAUAGAUACACUGAUUAGCCAUUAGGGAUUGUGGGGAUGGGACUAGUUUGUCCGUCGUAUUCCACGGAUGCUAAACCGGAUUGGCAUCUGUGUACUGCACUUGAUGUUUUGGUGCUUUUGCGUCAUGGCCAACAUUGUUUAAUUUUUGUCUUUUUCUUCUGCAAUUUGUUCUGCUUUGGUUUUUCCUGUGGCCUGUGGGAUCUGCCCUGGCCUGUUUACCUGCGGGGCAUGGGUGAGUGUUGGGUGCCCACAAUCCUGUCACUAAUUUACUGGUGUAUAAUUGAUAAUCAAAGUCCAAGUUCUCAGUUUGAUUGAAACAUGUCAAUUUUUUAAAAUUUGUGUACAAGUUUCUAAACGGUGUUGUUUGAUGCUUGAAGAGGAAACGUGGCAAAUUCCUUAACAGCCUUACUUUUCAGUACAUUCUUCUUUUGUCAAAGGCAUCCUAAAAGGUCCUCUAGGUGCGCUGAUCUCAUUCUGAAGACACCCACACAUUUUCUUUUAAGCUGUGACUUGACCUAAGGUCUUAGGAAUAAUGACUGUUGCUAAUGCCAAGUCUGGUACAGCUAUGCAGAAGGUGUUGGAUAACCUCAAGGAGCUGCCUCCCUCCAGCGGUGCCAAAGAUAUAGACCUCAUUUUCCUCCGUGGCAUCAUGGAGAGUCCCAUAGUCCGCUCUCUGGCCAAGGCUCAUGAGAGACUGGAGGAUGUGAAGCUUGAGGCAGUGCGAAACAACAACAUGGAGCUGGUGAGCGAGAUUCUGUCCGACAUCAGUGGCUUGGCUGAGCACGACGACAGUGCAGCAGAGCUCUCCAAGAUUCUCAAAGAACCACACUUCCAGUCCUUAAUAGAAACUCAUGAUCAGGUGGCUGCUAAGUCUUUUGAAACACUUUCAUCUGCAACAAACAACACUACCACGAGUAGCAACUCUCUUAUGCCAGUGGACACUGUGCGUAUGAUCAGCAUCCAGAAGAAGGCAGGAGAGCCACUGGGUGUGACAUUCCGAGUGGAGAACGGUGAGCUUGUAAUCGCGCGCAUUCUUCAUGGCAGCAUGAUUGACAGGCAGGGCAUGCUGCAUCCGGGUGAUGUCAUCCGGGAGCUGAAUGGCCAGGAGGUGGGCAGCGAUCCUACAGUGUUGCAGGAGAUGUUGAAAGACAUCAACGGAAGCGUCACCCUCAAAAUCUUGCCCAGCUACAGAGAUGCACCCACACCUGCACAGGUGUAUUUGAGACCUCAUUUCAAGUACAACCCUGAAACAGACAACCUCAUUCCCUGCAAAGAAGCAGGACUGGCUUUUUCCAAAGGGGAGAUCUUGCACAUUGUGAACAGGGAGGACCCCAACUGGUGGCAGGCGCGAAGCGUAGUUGGUGGUUGCACUGGUCUCAUCCCAAGCCAGUAUUUGGAAGAGAAGAGGAAAGCUUUUGUACGGAGAGACUUGGAAGGCUCAGGAAUUCUCUGUGGAACACUAACUGGAAAAAGAAAGAAAAAGAAAAUGAUGUACUUAACAGCAAAGAAUGCAGAAUUUGAUCGUCAUGAGCUGCAGAUCUAUGAGGAGGUAGCUAGGAUGCCUCCAUUCCAGAGGAAGACGCUCAUCCUGAUUGGUGCUCAGGGUGUGGGUCGCAGAAGCUUGAAGAACAGGCUGAUUGUGUUAAACCCGCUGCUUUUUGGCACUACCGUACCAUUCACAUCUCGGCGACCACGGGAAGAAGAAAAGGACGGUCAUUCAUACUGCUUCGUGUCCAGAGCAGACAUGGAGAUGGACAUUAAAGCCGGCCGCUACCUCGAGCAUGGGGAGUAUGAUGGGAACCUGUAUGGCACCAAAAUCGAUUCUAUUCAUGAGGUGGUACACGCCGGGCGGACCUGCAUACUGGAUGUCAACCCACAGGCACUGAAGCUGUUGAGAACUUCGGAGUUCAUGCCGUUUGUGGUUUUCAUCGCUGCUCCAGAGCUGGACACACUACGAGCCAUGCACAAAGCUGUGGUGGAUGCAGGAAUCACCACCAAACUACUGACGGAAAUGGACUUAAAGAAAACGGUAGACGAGAGUGCCAGGAUCAAACGGGCCUACAGCCAUUACUUUGACUUGACAAUAGUGAAUGAUAAUCUGGAUAAGGCUUUUGAGAAACUGCAGGAGGCUGUGGAGCAGCUGUGCACAGAGCCUCAGUGGGUACCAGUUAACUGGGUUUACUGAUCCAUCCAUCGUAAUCACCUCCAACAGCACCACCAUCCUCAUCACCUUCAUCGCUGGUGUCAUGGACCACAGCAGGACUGCCAGUGGUCAUUGUGUCUCAGCUUGACCCUGAGGUCCAACUCUGCUAUGCAAAGCUACAUCAUCCAUGAGAAAAGAAAGGGAAGUGUACUUAUUUAUUAACUUUUUUUUUUUUUUUUUUUAUCUACCAGCAGAGCACAUCUUGAGGCAUAACUGUGCGUUGUAUUACUACACAAACAAUGUACUUGCAGGGUGUUUAAAGUAGAUUUGAUAUUUACAUUGAGAAGUUGAGGCAGACGUCAUUGCUGUAAGCUGUGAUCCACUUUAGGACCGGAGCGUUUGACUAAAGAAGCCAGUGAUCUCUUAAGGAUAGGUUUCUACAUAUUAGUAAAAGUAAUCCGCAGUGUUCACAUUACUGCUACACUGAAACACAUUACAAUAUUGAAAGUUUUUUACUGGUGAUUGCAAGAGGAGGCAAAGAAGUGGAAAAUAUUUUUACCAAGAUUUUUUUUUUAAUAUAAAAUGUAACACCACUUUGAUUUUUACAUUAUGCUGCAACUAGUGGCACUAGAAUGUCCAAUUCAUAUGCUGCCGUGUUGUCAAAAAUGUCUUUGACAUCUAAGGUGGGGGGGGGGAGCACAGUAUUCAUCUCAAUGCCUUUGCAGCAGCAGCAGCAUCAUGGAAAAUUAACAGUAGUGACAAAUGUUCUUAGUAAAUAUGGAUUUUGGGAAACAAGGUUAAUCAACUAAAGUUUUUUUUCUAUACAAUAUGACUUGCCUGUGUAUUUGUGAUGUAUUAUGUCCAUGUCUCCGUGUGAUCUUGCUCCGACUUUAAUAAUGUGCCAUAAUUCUCUUUUUAAUCGCAGUUAUUAGGGCUAACUGGGGAGAAGAUUUAAAAACAAAAAAGAUUCAAUAUUUAAUUACAUACUACUUUGGUAUGGCAAUACAUGUAUCACAACACUGACUCCAAAAUAAUGUUUUAUUAUGAUCAUGAUGAUGAGGAUAAUGAGAUUUAUUAGUAAUAAUAUUAUACUUGUUAAAAAAAAAUGUAUAUUCGCAUUAGAGUGGGUAAAACGGUGCCAUUCCUCUGUAAUACUAUAGGUGGUGCUCUAAACUAUUCCAACGCUGACAGGCAGCAUAGCGGUGUGGUAUGAGCAAAUUUGAAAAAACAAAAAAUUCUGGAAAAACAACAUAAAAUCAUGAUCCUUUUAGGAUCGCAAUACAUUUCGAAUUGGGACCCAGAGUAGGUAGUUUAUGAUCAUAUCAGGGGUCCUUGGUGAUUCCCAUCCCUAUUCCCUUCACUGCACAGAAUGGACUGCACUAUAAGACAAUGUGCAUUUUACAGCAAUUCUUUUUUUUUUUUUUCCUUAAUAGUAACUUUUUAAUUCAGAAUCUCAACAAUGAUAAAGUGGUUACUUUUUAUUGCACAGAUAGUGAGAUAAAAUAAGAAGUAUAGUCAGGAAAGUGUCAUGGUUCGACGACAGGACUUGAUUUAUUAGUGUCAGAAACAUGUUUCUUUUUUUUCUGUCCCUAAAAUAUUAAGUUCAAGUUUAAAAUGAUUACUAAUUUUAUUGCAAAGAUAUGAAAAAGCAAAUAAUUUAAACUAGCACGUUUGCUUCACAGCAGCAAUUUUAUUAUAGCAGUUAACAGCCUUUGUAUGGAACAGUAUAAUUUUAUCAUUAUCCCAUGAUAUGAUUUAUAUUUGUCAAAUGAGUAGUACUGAAAUGUUUCCCUGAUGGUUUGUAUAAGAAAAGAAAAGAAACUUUCCUUGUCAGGUUUACUCUUAAUGUCAGAUUUUUUUUUUAUAGAUAUCUAAGCUUCCUCUACUAAAAUGCUAGAGGACUGUAGCACUGCAGUGUGUAAUGUUUUCUUGCUCAACGGCACCUAGUGACUACCUGAUGAGUUAAAUACAGAGACUACAGCUUAAUUGUCAGGUGAUGAAAUCACUACCUUGUGCCAUGCUGCAGUUCUUUACAAUGAAAGGUGAGAAAAUUGCUCUGGACAGUGUGGUCUGUCUCCCUUUGUCUUUGUGUUUGGUUACAUGUAUGGCUACACCUGCAAAUAUGUUUUACUAUGACCAGAUCUGUAUAACAUUUGAACACCAGCCAUUAAAAAGUCAUUUUUUUUU